GGGCGACGUCGGCUCACGGACGAGGUGAAUGAGAGCAUUUGGGCCCUCAACUGGCUCGUGGGUUCUUCCACCGCCAAUACCAAGUUUUCUUCUCUUGGACAGCGGGCCACCGUUGACCACCUGUACGAGGCCAUCAAUUCUUUUCGGCCGCCGCCUCAGGCGGUCUCAGACGAGGAAGCCACGCGUGCGCUUCUCGGCAGCAGAGUCCCUUAUGGCGGGGACGAUGAUUUGGCAGUGGUUCCCUACGACCGUGCCCUGGUGUCUAUCCACGGUGACGGGCGAGUUCCCGUGCCCCUUGCCGAGGUGUUGCCGCCGGGCGCCGCAAAGAUGAUCGUAGAUUUUGACACCCACCUGCUCAAGGACGACAACCAGUGGGGAGCGGAGGUGGAGCGUGGUCUCGAGCACAUCGGUUCUUACAUGGACCCGCGGCUCCGCUUCAGCCGCCGCAGUUAUCUCAACUUCAUCGGGGACCUGUUCAGAGGUGGGCUUCUCGCCUGGCGCGUCAACGCCCGCUUCCGAGAGCGCCCCCGCGUGCCGAUGGGUUCGGGAUCGUCCUGGGCCGACGUCGUGAUGGACACGGACACCGACAUGUAUCUCUCGCUUAGUGACGUGAAGGACUACUUUUACGCCUGCGGGCUGCCGCCGGGCCUCGAGAGCUUCUUUUGCCUCCCCGACAACACUGGGGAGGAGCUGAAGGUGGUCACCCAGGGAGGCCCCGCCUUUGGAUCCUUGUGGGGCCCCACGGCGGUCGCCCCCGCUAUGAAGGUGAUGCCGAUGGGGUGGACUCGGAGUUUCUUCUUCGCGCAAGUCUUGCACGCUCACCAGGUCCACCAGAUCAGGCCCUGGUCGCCCGGCGCGGUCAUGCAGGAUCGCGUCCCUCCGCCUCCUUUCAGGGCGGGGACCGAGCUGGCCCUGCCCUACUGCGACAACUUCGUUGCGGCUGCCUCGUCUCUCGCUCAGGCCGACGCUCUCCGAGAAGAUUGCAAGCGCCGGAUGACCUCGAUCGGUUUCGAGGUCCACGAGGAGGAGGCUGCCCGCCACUGGGCCGAGUCUUUGGGGUUCGCCAUCGACGGACUCACUGGGGAGCAUCGCCUCAGCCCUGUCAAGGAGCUCCGUGCUGCCGCUGCUCUGUUGCCCUUCGCACGGGCCAACAUGCGGCGGCCCUGGGCUUCUGAGGUGGAGGUGUUCGACGCCAGCCCUGCCGGCUGCGGGAUCAUGACGGCGGCCCUGCCCGAGGAGGUGGUCUCUGAGAUCGGGAAGGUCGAUGAGAGGAUCACCGCAGCCGCGAGCGAGGCCUGGCCCGCCUCAAGCUUCUUCGAGGCUCGGGCUUGGGGCCACCCGCGGCAGCUCGCGCGGGCGAUGAGCCGGCUGCUGCCGCCUACACAGGCCAAGCGGCCCCGCGGCGAGGCAUCUGCUGGUCUCCCACAGGGGCCCGCCGGCAGCCGCCCAGUCAAGGAGCCGCGGGUCUCACGGGUGCUGCAGGCGGGGGGCCGCGAGAUGCAGGAGGAGCUCGAGCUGAAGGGGAUCAUGGUGAGCCUCCUCGAGAUGAAGUCCGUUGGCAAGCAGUCGAUCCCCUACUAUCUCCAGAAGUUCAGGGAGUUCUUGGACUUCGUGGUCGACCACGGGUUCGACCUCCACAAGGGCGAGGACGUGGACGAGGCGCUGGUGCAGCUGAUGGACCUGUUGUACUUGGAUGGGUGGCAGGUCGACCAGGGCGAGGAGCUGCUCGCGGCGGUGAAGCUCGGCAUCCCGCGCUUCUCCAGAGCCGCUCCCGUGGCCUGCCGCUUCGGGCUGCCGCGCGCGUGGGUAGUCGCGAUCAUCGCGGCGAUGCUCUGGCGCGGGAGGCUGGAGAGCGCCCGCCGGGUGGUGGUGAUGCACGAUGCGUACCUGCGCACUGGCGAGGCGACGCGGCUCCGGGCCGAGGACUUCGCCCCACCGGUCGGAGACCAUCGCGGCCACGAGCGCGGCGCGCUCAUCCUCGGCUCCUCGAGCGCCGGGGUCCCCACCAAGACGGGCGUGCUGGACGACGCGGCCACCCUGUCGGACUGGGACUUUCCCACCAGCGAGGUACUGGAGCUUUUGAAGGCCCAGCGGGCCCCGCACGAGCCCCUGUUCGUCGCGAAGCCCGCUGCCUUCAGGAAGGACUUCGAUCAGGCGCGCCUCGACCUCGGGCUCGACAGGCGGAACCUCACGAGCUACCAGCUCCGCCACAGCGGCCCGAGCCGAGACGCCCUCCUCGGGCGACGCGCGCUUCCCGACAUCAUGAAGCGCGGCAGGUGGGCCACCCUCUCUUCAGUGAAAAGGUACGAGAGGCGCGGAGUGAUGCAGAAGGCGCUGGCCAGCAGCUCGAAGGAGCUGCUCGACUUCGCCGCGGCUGUCGAGUCCUCCAUCGUGGGAGCGCUCCUUGGACGGCCGUCCCAG